AUGGAUUUUGAGAUAUCCAGGGGAUACAGCAAAACCACCCACUAUUGGGUGCCACAUCUUUUUUCCUGGUGCUUGGAGCUGCAGUUCCUGCGGAAUUGGACGGUGGUCUUCCUUGACAACUCGUUGGACCGUAACAAGGUAUACCAUCUCGCCCAGGAAACCUUUGGCCAGACUUCCUGUUGGUUAUUGAUGCCCCAAGAACUCCCUCUCAUCCACUACCCUGCUCACCACUCCCAUCAGAUCGGAAUCGGUGCCCACCCCAACCUCGGCUCCUUGAUUGAUAAUUGGUUCCUGAUGAGUGUCGACAUCGACGUCCCUACAACGCCCUUCUUCCAUCCCGACGAACAUCCGCCUCAGAACCUCGAGGCCCGCUUCGAGAAAUUCUACAAACCUUUGAUCUACAAUCACUCGGAGAUUCUGAAUUCUGCUCCCAAUCUGGACGUCUUUAAUUCCGGCCUCUGGGAUCUUGUGUUCCUCUCUAAUCGCAAAGAUUAUCAAAUCAAUCAGAAUUGCACUCAGGUGAUCAUGUCUAAAAACCAAGUCACAGGCCACAAGCUGCUAUCGAAAUCGGAAAUUGAACUGCAUUCGAAUUGGAUCAAGAAGUUCUUAAACUCUUCUGCUUCUUCUUCUUCCAUCUUGUUGUUGUACAUUGAGCUUUUUUUUUCCUCCGUUUGGUACAAUGGGUUUGUUUAUCUUACUUUCAACUUUUUCUUUCUGUAA